AUGGUGAAGCCUAUGUCAAAUAUCUAUGCCCUUGCGGGCUUCGGAACGAUUGGAGGAGCCCUCUUCGGCUUUGAUAUCAGUUCCAUGAGCGCGUGGAUUGGAACCGAACAGUAUGCUGAAUACUUCAAUCAUCCGAGUUCCGACCUCCAGGGUGGUAUCACGGCCUCCAUGUCCGCUGGUUCGUUCGUUGGCGCCCUCGGAGCUGGAUUCCUUUCCGAUAAACUCGGCCGCAAACGUGCAAUGGAAAUCGCAGCCGUCAUUUGGGUCAUCGGUUCGGCUAUUCAAUGCAGCGCCCAAAAUGUCGCCCAGCUUAUCGUCGGCCGUAUCAUCAACGGUUUCACAGUCGGUAUCAUGUCUUCUCAGGUCCCCGUAUACCUCGCCGAGCUUUCCCCUGGCCGCAUUCGUGGACGUGUUGUCGGUAUCCAGCAAUGGGCCAUUGAAUGGGGCAUCCUGAUCAUGUACCUUAUCUCUUACGGCUGCUCCAAGGUCGAGGGCCCCGCAUCUUUCCGUAUCGCUUGGGGAGUCCAGGGCAUUCCGGCCUUUAUCCUCCUCGGCGCCUUGUUUUUCUUCCCUGAGAGCCCUCGUUGGUUGGCCAGCAAGGAUCGGUGGGAGGAGAGCUUGAAUGUGCUCGCGCUGCUCCACGGCAAGGGUGACCCGCAACACCCCGUCGCUCAGGCCGAGUAUCUUGAGGUCCGCGAAGCCGUUCGCAUUGCGCAAGAAUCAAAGGAACUCACAGUCCUCGGCCUCUUCGGCCCUAAGAUGUGGCGCCGCACCGUGGCCGGCACCUUCGUCCAGCUGUGGCAGCAGCUUCUCGGCGGCAACGUCAUGAUGUACUACAUCGUUUACGUCUUCAACAUGGCAGGCCUCACCGGCAACGUCAACCUCUACUCGUCAGCCAUCCAGUACGUCAUCUUCCUGGUGACCACUGGCUUCACGCUUCUCUUCAUUGAGAAGGUUGGUCGUCGCCAACUGCUCAUCUAUGGCGCCAUCCUCAUGUCCGCUCUCAACUUCGCCGUUGCUGGCAUCAUGGCCGAACACGGUAACCCUGUCGAUGGUGUCGGCGAGAACACGAACAUCAAGUGGCAGGUUCUCGGUCACCCUGCCAAGGGCAUCAUCGCUUGUUCGUACAUCUUCGUCGGUGUCUACGGUCUGACCUGGGCGCCCGCUGCAUGGAUUUACUGCUCUGAGGUCUUCCCUCUGCGCUGGCGUGCCAAGGGUGUCGGCCUGUCCGCUGCCACCAACUGGAUCUUCAACUUCGCGCUUGCCUACUUCGUCCCCCCGGCUUUCGAGAACAUUGUCUGGCGCACCUACAUCAUCUUCGGCGUUUUCUGCUUCGCUUCCACCAUCCACGUCUUCCUUGCCUUCCCGGAGACGGCGGGUAAGACCCUCGAGGAGAUCGACGCCGUCUUCGAGCCUGGCGUCAAGGCGUGGAAGACAGGUAACAUGAAGUCGAACUUCUCGGAGAAGGUUGCCGCUGUGCAGAGCAAGGGCUUGGAUGCGAAUGAGCUGGUUCAUUCGGAGAGCGCUGUCGUCGAUGAGAAGGGCGCAGUGGUUAAGAGCGAUACCGUUGUUUGA